CAUGACCCCUCAAACGCACCGGGAUUUCCUCACGGAGCCCCGCUGCCUCUAUCUCGUGGUUUGAUCCAGUAUUGCAGCUUCGUUUUCAAAAGAUCUCUCCAAGAAAGUGUCGUGCGUAUUUGGAAAAAAAACAACAAAACAAAUCAACUCUCGGAGAUUGUGCAGGAAAGAUCAGACUUGAAGUAUGUGCAGAGUUGGUGUGUGUCGUGCCAACAGAACCGUGUUGGGAGCCCGCGCGCCCUGCUCCGUGGAGCCGGUCCGGUCGGAUCCACUCUCGCGGUGAGCCAGUGCGCAGCGGGGACGCGUGCAGCGGGGAGGCUGUCAGUCCUCACCCUCCCUCCCAUUGGCUGCAGCAGGAUGCUCGGUGUCUCUCCUUCCUCCUCGAGCCUCAGAUGCAGCUGGAUCCGCCGCAGGUUCGCACUGGAGCAGGAGCGGGAAGCUUCACCUGUAGAUGUUUGACAUUACCUGCGUAACAAUUCAGGCACAAAGGCGCAUCUGAGGCAAAGGCUCGGCGCUUUCGGAUCUUGCAGCGGCUGGAAUUAACUUCAUCCCCCAGUUCCUUUUGUUUUUGUGCGGGCGGCUGUCGCCCUGUGCUCCGGUGUCACGGGAUAGCGCAGGCUGCAUGGAGGGAUGUCGGCAUGGCUUGCACCAGGAGAACCAAAACUUUGGUGUCCACAUGCGUGAUCCUGAGCGGCAUGACCAACAUCGUGUGCCUGCUCUAUGUGGGAUGGGUAACUAAUUACAUCGCCAACAUUUACAUCAAAGUGCCCAUGCCUCUGCCGGAGAGAAAGUUGGAGGGGGACAAAAGAGGGGACACUCUCCGGAUCAUGGAGAGGCUCGAUCGGCUGGAGAAUGUGGUCAACCAGCACAUACAAGAGACUCCAGGGAAGGGAGAGGAUGGUCAGGCGGACACGUCGUUCUCUGAUUCGUCGCUGUUCGCUCGCUGGGGUCAGGAUCUGAGUCCGGAGAACCGGCGAGUGGCGCUGAAGAUGUUCCAGUACUACGGCUACAACGGCUACCUCAGUGAUCGUCUCUCUUUAGACAGGCCGACAUCAGACCUGAGGCCUGAAGGGUGCAGAAACCUCACUUAUCCUUUAAACCUUCCUCAAGUGAGCAUAGUGUUCAUUUUUGUGAACGAAGCCUUGUCUGUCAUCCUGCGGUCCAUUCACUCUGCUAUCAACAGGACGCCUUCCCAUCUUCUCAAAGAGAUAAUCCUGGUGGAUGACAACAGCAGUAACAAUGAGCUGAAAGAGAAGCUGCAGGAUUUUGUUUCUGAAACCAACAGCCAGCAUCCAGGAUUCAUUAAGUUGGUGCGGCAUGCCAAGCAGGAGGGUCUGAUCCGGUCCAGAGUGAGCGGGUGGAGGGCCGCCACCGCCCCGGUCGUUGCCCUGUUUGAUGCCCACGUCGAGUUCAACGUCGGCUGGGCUGAACCCGUAUUGCAGAGAAUUCAAGAGGACAGAACCCGAAUCAUCUCGCCAUCGUUUGACAACAUCAAGUACGACACGUUUGAGAUAGAGGAGUAUCCGCUGUCUGCCCAGGGCUUUGACUGGGAGCUGUGGUGUCGCUACCUCAACCCACCCAAGUCCUGGUGGCACAAGGGCAACAAGAGUGCACCGAUACAGAGCCCGGCCCUGAUUGGCUGCUUCGUGGUGGAUAGGCUGUACUUUGAGGAGAUUGGUCUGCUGGAUGAGGGCAUGGAGGUGUACGGGGGAGAAAAUGUGGAGCUUGGCAUCAGGGUGUGGCAGUGUGGCGGCAGCGUCGAGGUCCUGCCUUGUGCUCGCAUCGCCCACAUCGAGCGCGCUCACAAACCCUACACGGAGGAUCUAACGUCUCACGUGCGGCGAAAUGCCCUCCGAGUUGCGGAGGUGUGGAUGGAUGAGUUUAAAAGCCACGUGUACAUGGCCUGGAAUAUUCCCGUGGAGGACUCAGGGAUUGAUAUCGGCGACAUCUCCGAGAGGAAGGCUCUGAGGAAGAGGCUGCAGUGUAAAACCUUCCGAUGGUACCUGGUCAACAUCUACCCUGAGAUGAGGAUGUACAGCGACACCAUCGCAUAUGGAGUACUGAAAAACUCUCUGAAGAACGAUCUGUGUCUGGACCAGGGACCUGACAACGACAAUGUUCCCAUCCUGUAUCUCUGUCACGGGAUGACGCCUCAGAAUGUUUACUACACCAGUACCCAGCAGCUGCAGGUCGGGCUCCUCAGUCCCACUGUUGACGAUGACGACAACAAGUGCCUGGUGGACGUGAACAGCCGACCUCGCCUCAUCGAGUGUAGCUACGCUGUGGCCAAACGCAUGAAGCUCCACUGGCUCUUCACUCAGGGAGGAUCCAUUCAGAACAGGAAAUCGAAGAGAUGCCUGGAGCUCGUAGCGAGCAGCGACAAUGAGUUCGGCUACCAACUGGCUCUGCAGAAAUGCACUGGACAGAAGUGGUCCAUCACAAAUGUUCUGUUUAGCAGCUUAUUAUGAUCGACUGCUGGAAGGAACUCCUGACCAAAUAGCACAUAGUUUUUUGGGGGGAUGUGUGCACAUGUGUAUGCGCGUGUCUGCGUGUGUGACUGGUGCAUGGUUGAGCAUGUUUUUUUUUUAGCACUGCGAUGUCCUCUGAUGAGCAGUCCACUGAUGACAUCACAUCACAAAUGUUAAACAUUUUAUUUUGCCUACAGGAUCCGCCAUCGCUGGCAGACAUUUUGCAGAUUUGACAAGGUAGUAUAUUUAGUAUAUUUUGUGGUAACAACAGUACAGUCAGAUUUUUUUUUACUUGAAAGAUGUAAUGGGUUCAGUAUGUUUUUGUACUUUGUUCAUAUUUGCUACUGUGUAGCAAGUUCUCUGAACCUGUCCCUGCUGUGAUCAUGUUCUUUUAGUGUCUCAGGUUUGUAGGUUUAUUAUGAGAUUCAUCUGUACAGUUGUGGGAAAACGUUGGAAUAAAUCUGAAAACAUUAGAUAAUUUUCUAAAUGUAAAUAUUUCAAAUGUUUGUCAUAUAAAACAGUAAAUUGAUGAUAACUGAUGUAAACUA